CGACGGUCACUGUCAAAUAUCUACUGUUUCUAUUGGACGAAAGCGGCCAGCCCUCUUCGCUGAUUGGUUAAUCGUUGCUCCGAGAGCUGGCAGUUUUUCCAGCGCCACUCAGCGGCGUUUCGCAUCGCGGUGGUUUGGUAGCGGCGCGGGGAAAGAGUUGGGCAACGGCUGACCCUAAUAUCCAGGGGAAAAAAAAGGAAAAACUUGGAUGAAACUCGGGGUUAGGGGUUGCCCGAGCUAGCCUCCUAAUACCUGUAUACCACCGCGGCCGCUCAUUCCGUCUCAGUCCGUGCUGGGCAGCUCGUCUAAUGUCGGAUUUCAAGCUCGGGAUUGUUCGCCUGGGCCGUGUGGCCGGGAAGACAAAAUACACCCUCAUUGAUGAGCAGGAUAUACCACUGGUGGAGAACUAUGCCUUUGAGGCACGCAUGGAGGUUGACGCUGAUGGCAACGGAGCAAAGAUCUUUGCAUACGCCUUUGAUAUAAGCAAAGGACGGUGGGCUGGUCGACCUCUGCAUGAGUUACUCUGGGAAAAACACAGAGGUGGCAUUGCUCCAAGCUUCCAAGUCGUCCACAUAAACUCUGUUACGGUGGACAACCGUCUAGACAAUUUGCGCCUUGUUCCUGUUGGAUGGACUCCGAAACCGGAGGAGCUGUCUAGCAAACAAAGGGAGCAGUCACUGUACUGGCUGGCUAUCCAGCAGGUUCCAGCUGAUCCGGUGGAGGAGCAGUACUUAGAACUGGGCCGCACACGUUACUACAACGCCAACGGAGAGCUGGUGGAGGAGGAGGAGUGUUCCUGCACUUACUACGAGUGUCACUAUCCCCCUUGCUCACUCAUAGAGAGGAGGCUGCGAGAGUUCAACAUCUGUGGCCGUUGUCAGGUGGCACGCUACUGUGGCUCACAGUGUCAGCAGAGGGAUUGGCCGGCCCAUAAGAAGCAGUGCCGUGAACGCAAGCGGGUCCUGGCCCUGGAGUCUGAGCCUGAACGGUGAUCCCCUGAACCCCCGUUGAUCAUAAAUGGGGUCAGAGGGGGGACUGUGGGACGGGACUUGCAAAGAAAUGCAAAAAUGACACCGUUAAAAAAGAUCUACUGACUGACUAAACGGAUGGGUGACGUGUUGGUAGGUAAGGCAGGCCUGUGGAGUAUGGGGCGGGGGGCAUGAAAAACUUUUUUUUGCUUCCCAAACUUUUUGGCAUUUCCUUGGCUUGUUAUUGGGGGAUUUUUCUUUUAGAGGGAGAUCAAUAAAAGGCUGCUGCUAUGUAUGUGUGUUUUGUGAAGAAAAACACGACGCCAUCAUGACUUCCUCUAUACAGACUGUCGAGAGUUCAUAAACUCACUCCUUCCUUCCAUUCUCACGCCCGUCGUGAAGUGUUAGCCACUGGUCUCGAGGAACACGCCUGCUGUAGAAAGAGACUGAAUAACGGACCUCUUCACUGUACUUUUCCUCUCCCAGUGGGACUUCCUGUGCACAUAAACGUGCACAUGCCCGUUUACCUGCCGUAUCUUUCCCCAGGUGUGCAGCAAAGGACUGUGCAAAUUCACACUACCAGUAUUGUGUGUGCAAGUGCGUGCGUGCGUGCGCAUGUCAUACGAUUAUCAACUGAAGUAAUAGAAUUUUACUCUAUUCCACGUACGGAUGGACGGACUGAGUAGGGAAACAUUAUUAUUGAACCUGGGGAUGUUCUCACUUUUUGUUCCUGUGGCAAGUUUCUGAUAUUGCUCUCAGUGCUGCAUUUAAAAAAUCCUAGUCGCCUUCCAUUAAACUAUGUUCACAAUCUGUCACUAGCAUUUGGAUUCAAGGGAUGUCCUGAGCUAAAGAAAAAAAAAAACAAACUUGAAAAUGCACACAGUUGUCUAAUGUAUUCAACGUCCACUGUCAUCUUUCUGCAAGUUGAUGCUUAGGUUAUUGUUUGUCAAUCCUUCUUGUUCUGUGUAACAUCUGUAACUUUUUCCCCUCUCUUUUUGUGUUUUGUAUAAACCUGAACCUUUCAAUAACAACAACAAAAAAAAACUGACAAAGGCAUACAUGCACACAUGUUUAAAGUGUGUCUUCCUUUUAAAUGUAAGGCAACUUUAUUGAACUUUAAUGUGAUGCGCACGGACAUGCACACAAACCUUGCAUGUGUUGCAGGUAUACAUGCUAUUUGUUGACAGUUGUGUACCAAUGUGUUUAUUUAUCCAGAUAGGGUUGAACACUGUGCACUGAAUAUCCUCACUUUCAUCUUUGUCGUGUGGGCAGGGAGACUACAGAAUGAUUGUGUUUGGGGCAGGGUUUUUUUUUUCUUAUUUUUUAAUUUUAUUAAAUAAAAAUUACAGUAUGCUUUAAAUAUGUAAAAAUAAAUAAAUCUACAUGAGGAGGUAAUGUCGGAUAUCCGACUGUUGUCACUGUAAAAUAAAUAAAGUAUGACGUGAGAAACAUA